GGUGAAGGUGAAGGUGUGGAGGUGCUGUUACAGUGAUGGAGGCUAUCGGGGUUUUGGAGUCGAACCCGCUGGAGGACUACGAGCUGCUUCACAGAAUCGGGAGCGGAACCUACGGGGACGUGUUUAAGGCUCGAAGCAUUAAAACAUCCGUCAUCUCAGCCAUCAAGGUGGUCAAACUGGAUCCCGGAGAGGACAUUUCCAGCAUUCAGCAGGAGAUUACCAUGAUGAAGGACUGCACACAUAAAAACAUCGUGGCCUAUUUCGGCAGCUACCUCAGAAACAACAAACUGUGGAUCUGCAUGGAGUUCUGUGGAGGAGGAUCACUGCAAGAUAUCUACCACGUAACUGGACCCCUGAAAGAGCGGCAGAUAGCGUACGUAUGCAGAGAGACACUUCAGGGAUUACAUCAUCUACAUGAAACAGGGAAAAUGCACAGAGAUAUAAAAGGAGCCAACAUUCUUCUGACGGAGCGGGGAGAUGUUAAACUGGCGGAUUUUGGCGUGGCAGCGGAGAUUAAUGCGUCCGUCGCUAAGCGAAAGUCCUUUAUCGGAACGCCGUACUGGAUGGCUCCGGAGGUGGCGGCGGUGGAGAGGAAGGGUGGGUAUAAUCAGCUGUGUGAUAUCUGGGCUGUGGGCAUCACCGCCAUCGAGCUGGCAGAGCUUCAGCCGCCCAUGUUCGAUCUGCACCCGAUGAGAGCUUUAAUGUUGAUGUCCAAAAGCAGCUUUCAGCCGCCCAAACUGAAGGACAAGAACAAAUGGUCCACAGAGUUCCACAACUUCCUGAAGAGUGCGCUGACCCGGAGUCCCCGGAAAAGACCCACAGCUGAGAAGCUUCUUCAGCACGCCUUCGUUACUCAACUCUUAACCCGUAACCUGGUCAUCGAGCUGCUGGACUCCGCCAACAACCCUGAUCUUCACCAGGCUCAGACUAUGGACGACAGUGAUCUUGAUACCUGCAGUGCUUUUCCUGAUAAGAUAACAUCAUUAGGGAAGCACCUGCCUGUUCAGAGAACUCUUUCUGAGGAACAGUUUGAUCAGGUGAAGUUUGGACCGCCCAUGCGUAAAGAAACAGACCCCUGCCCUGAUUCUCUGGGAGCGUAUGAUGAGUGGAGCUCUAUGAGUGAUGAAAAAGAUUCUCCGAGUCUUUUAGAAUGUGUUGAGGAAGCGUUGCUUGAGAGGAGUCUGACUAUGAAGAGAGCGCCCUCUGCUGAUGUAGUGGAUCUCCGCUCUCUAUCUGAAGAUGAUAAUAAGUGUGGAACAGUGAAGAGGAUGAUCUCGCCGCCGCAGCCGGCUAAUCAUCCCCCGCCCGUCAAACAGGAUAAACAACCCUCCGGCCUGUCUCUGGAUUCUUUACCUCACAUCGGCUCUACGCCUCACACAGACACUAAACCCAACCCACUGAGUGAAUCGACGCUGCUGAUUGGCUCAACACUGUCCGAUCUCUCGCUCCUGGCUAACUCCAGCUUCUUUAGCGACUCCUCACUGUUCGAUGAUUCUUCCAGUCUUGGCUCCCUCUGCUCGACUCCAACUGAGGGAUUAUCACGAGGAUCUGUAGCAGUUGAUCCAGGAGGAAACAGGAGUCGCUCUCCUCCCCGUCAGCCUCUCUCACCUGAGUGGAGCACGCUCCGGAGGAAGACUGAAGACUCGAGAGCAGAUGUUCAUGGACUGCCACCCACACCUCACGUACAUAUGGGUGCCUGUUUCUCCAAGAUAUUUAACGGAUGUCCUCUGAAGAUUCACUGCGCCGUUACGUGGGUUUUACCAAAGACCAGAGACCAGCAUCUGAUCCUGGGUGCAGAGGAGGGAAUUUAUACCCUCAACCUCAAUGAGCUCCACGAGGACACUAUAGAGAAGUUGCUUCCUCAGAGGUGCAGCUGGCUGUACGUCAUGAAUAACGUGCUGAUGUCGGUCUCAGGAAAGUCGUCUCAGCUGACCUCACACAGCCUGCCCGCACUGUUCGAGCAUCGCAGGAACAUGCAGCGGCGCCAAGGACACCUGUCAAUCAACGCUCAUCGCCUCAGCACCAGAAUCAACUCCAGGAAAUAUGCCAUGUCUGUGAAGAUUCCAGAUACCAAGAGCUGUAGAAGAUGCAGUGUAGUGAGGAACCCCUACACAGACAGUGUGUUCCUGUGUGCUGUGGUUCCGUCUGGCCUGGUUCUUCUCAUGUGGUACGAGCCCCUGCAGAAGUUCAUGCAGCUCAAGCACGUAGCUUUAAGCCUCCCUGAUUCGCUGCCGAUCUUCGAGCUGCUGGUUCAGGAGUCUGAGGAGCUGCCGGAGGUGUGUGUUGGUGUGCACAGCAGCAACCAGAGCCCCGGGAGAGCCCCAGAACAGCUGGACUUUAAUAUCAUACACCUCGAUGAUACACCCCGAGAACAGCCAGGCGGCGAGGCUCUUAAAGUGAAACAAGUAACCCAGCUCGACCGAGACACGGUCCUCAUCGCUCUGGAAAACACUGUGAGAGCAGUGAAUCUGCAGGGCCGUUGCAGUAAAGGCAUGGUGUCUGAACUGAAGUUUGAUUUCUCUGUUGAGACUCUGGUGUGUUUGCAGGAUAGUGUUCUUGCCUUUUGGAAGCAUGGGCUGAAGGGGAGGAGCAUACAAACCAGUGAGGUCACACAGGAGAUAACAGAUGAGAGCCGGGUCUUCAGGGUCCUCGGAACAAACAGGGAUAUAAUCUUACAGAGCACUCCAACAGACGACCCCACCGCCCCCAGCAACCUCUACAUCCUCACAGGCCACGAGAGCAGCUACUGAAACCCCCCAGAACCACCCAGAACCCACCCGGAACCACCCGGAACCGAGGAACAGAACCUCACAGCGGGUCAGGAAGAGUCCUGAACCUGGAGCAUCAGGAGCUUCACUGCCAGCCUCUCUGUCCUGAGAGACGCCCAUCAGCAUCACCCAAAGAGGAGGAGCCAGCGGGGCGGGGCGGGGCCUGGAGACGAGCUGCCCGAGACUCGGAACCAGCAGAACCAGCAGAACCAUCUGAGGUUCUGUGAGAGGAUGCAGACGGACUGAUUCGGGCCGUACUGGAGCCCAACGUAUGCUAACGAGAGGAGAACCUGUUUCAGAACCUGGACCUGAAGAGUUAACCGAUACAGUACCUGAUACAGUGAAUGUAAUCGUUAUUGCUCUGCUCUGAUUGGUUAAUCCUAUAAUAAUCCUUUUAUGGAUUGUUAUAGUUUAGAUAUAGAUUUUUUAUUAUUUUAUUUUAUUUUUUAAGGAGCAUUGUUGAUUAGUAUUGUUAAUUAUUUAAAAUAUAAUAAUAAGUAUGCUGGUCAUUACACUAUUAAACCUAAGAGAAAAAAAUUAAGAAAUGUAAAUGAUUAGGAUCUAUUUAAAAAAAAUGAAAACACAUUUAUAAACUUCUGAGAUUGUCUGAUAGUGCUGUAGGUGGUGGGGGUGCCUUAUUAACUAUUUUUGUUUUAGUUAUGAUGUUUGUUUCUGUAUUUAUUUAAUUACUAAGAAUACAUGUGAAUAAGAAUACACAUUAAAAUGGAAUUGAA